AUGACUAUGAGUCCGGAUCAACAAUGGAUAUCGACAGUAUCGAUGAACAGAUUUUACGAUUAUUGCCAUUUAAUCGAAUGCGCCUAUCAUAUAAUCAGUAGGUAUUGCUGUUCGUUUACAAAUCUACUUAACCACGACGAUGGAAGUAUACCGUAUUACUUGGUGCAAAAAGUCAAAAUAGCCGUCGAAUAUGGUAGAAUGCUGCUUAAUUCGAGGUACAGACCAUUCCAACACCAAUUACGUGGUUUAGGCGCAUACGACUACAUCGAUCAGCAUCAAUACGAAGGAUUAUGCAUACAAUGGAACGCGAUAAAAGCUGAAACUCAAGUAGUAGAGAUGUUCUUCAAUCAAAUCAGCUUACUUAUUUACCCGGUAGUUUCAGCCACCUCGUUACCGUUCAUCGAAUCCAAACCAAACGAAGAGGUAUCGGCGUUGACCAAAAUAAACGCCAUAAUACACAGCUUAAUCAACCAAGAAAACAAUUCGCGUAAAAGCCACGAAAAAACCAAACGAAUCGCACCUAAAAGACCAAAAUAUUUUAGCGAAGAAGAACUAGGCGUUUUUAUAGUCAAUAAUAUAAUUGAACCCUUAUUCGACGACGAAGACGAACCGAAAAAAAAUGGAAAUGGAAAGGAAACCCGCGAUAAAGAUUAUUCUUCGAGGUACGAUCGAUUCAGACAAUCGUUCAAGAAGCCUACCGAUGGCCCCGAGAGGUUUGAGAAUUUCUUAAUUAAUUUCAAUAAAGUCGAAAUACUACGAAACAACGAUUCAGAUAAACCCAACGAUAAAAGACGCGAUCAUUACAAUAUCAAUUUAAGCACCGAUUUAUUUUUCAAAUUCGACGACGAGAAUGUUUUGAUGAACUGCAACCGAUAUAAUUCACCGCUCAGAUUCGGUAAUCAAUUCUACGGAUUUGAGACCUUUUGUAAAUACGACUGCAAAGGAGAUAACACCCUUACUAACGAUAAAAAAUUCUCGGAUAAAGUUAAAUACGAUGCGAAAAAGUUCAAAGAUAAUAAAUUCGCCAAGAAAGUCCUAGAUAAGGGCAAAUUACCUUACGGAAAUUACGAAUUUAAUAACAAAAAAUUCGUCGAUAAUUAUCAACAUGGCAAGAAUUUCAUCCGAGUCGAGUGAUAGGUAGGUAUCAAAAUAAUCGAGAAAUGUGAUAGAUAAGAUUUAAGUUUUCAAUUUUUUUUUUGUUUUCGUGUUGUUUUUUUUUUAUUUAUUUUUGU